UGCAAGUGGCGGCUUUAAAGUGGAGUCCGCGUGGAGGUUUCUCAGUAAACUUCACGAUGAGCAACAACACGAGCUGUCGUCUGUUCAAGGCGCUGCUGGACGUUCAUUUCCUGAGAGCAGCUCAGAGAAACACGAGAAGAACUCUGUCCAGUAGACACAUGGGAUCUUGUGGGACUGUGGCUCAGAGGAGGAGCCUUCAGCUCCAUCCUGCCCCCCCCCCCAUGGAGACACCCAGCCGCAGCUUCAUCAGCCUGGCUGUUCCCAUCAGCACCCGCAGGAUGGAGUACUGCGAGCGCCGGACGUUGCACUUCGCUCCAGAACAGAUCUACACCGUGGUGGCCAACGUGGACGAGUACCAGCAUUUUGUUCCCUGGUGCAAAAAGUCCCGGAUGAUGACGGGACCAAACGGCGCCAUGCGGGCAGAACUGGAAAUAGGUUUCCCUCCCAUCACUGAGCAAUAUACCUCUGAGCUGACCUUUGUGCCAAACCACCAAAUCAGAGCCGUGUGCACUGACGGAUCGCUCUUCAGCCAUCUCGAAACAAUAUGGAGGUUUACCCCUGGAGCCAAAGACCCAUCAGGUUCAUGCAAAGUGGAUUUCUUUGUCUCAUUUGAGUUCAGGUCUCUGCUGCACUCGCAGCUCGCCUGCGUGUUCUUCGACCAAGUGGUGAAGCAAAUGGUCGGUGCCUUUGAGUCUCGCGCUGCGGCGCGUUACAGAGUCGAGCCAUCGUCCAGGAGGAGCGCGGCGGUGCACAACCCCUUCUGACCUCCAUGACGUCCAAACUUUAUUGAACUUUGAACCGUUAAC